GCCCUCUCGCUGGCACUGUGAUCGCAACGCUGAGGGGAACGUGCCUGAGGAACUGAAGUGGGGAGGGAGGGCGUGCGCCGCGCGGCAGAAUAAAGAGUUUUUUGUUUUUUACAUUUAAGCCACGGCCUGUGCUCCUGAGCAUGUGCAGAGUGCCCUUUGCACCACCGCCACAGAAUAACUCGCAGGCCAUUCGGCACUGAGGAGAAGGAAGAAACUGACACGGCCCGGCUUACUUCUGUAGUCCAGUACCACUUGGUUCCUCGCUUUUAAAAUACGUAAAAGAUGAGGGGCAGAAUAAAAACUUAACGGACGGCGAAGCUUUUAAAUAACAACGAAGAGGCGGGGCCGUGCUGCUCAACCAAUCGCAAGGCCGGGCGAGGAGCGCCUGACGUCACGGCGUCGCCGAGAGGACGUCGAACGACCGCGCGCCUCCGCCUGGGCCGAGGUUCCGUUGCCAUGGCGACCGCGCGGCGCUUGGGACCGGGGCGGCUGGCGCAGGAGGCCGCCGCGCUCGCUGCCGUCGUCCAGGGCUCCGUGGGGCCUCGAGGAGGGCACGUGCUGCUCACCCGCCCCACGGGGGAAGUGCUGCUUUCCAGGGACGGGCGGCGCGUGCUGGAGGCCUUGAACGUUGAGUCGCCCACGGCCCGGUAAUCGACGGUCCCCGCUCCGCCCUUCCUCCUCACGAGCAGUUCCGUGGUCUAGGCCGCGUCGAACGACCGCGUGAAGGACUCGAGCGGGCCCCCUCUCUGGGGUUUCGGGGAGGGCCAUGGGCUUAGCCAGGGCGGCGGCCGCCCCGCCUAAAUCAAGGAAAUAAAGGGGAAAUGCUUAAAGUAGAAAUGGUGAAAGUUUUUGACAGGUUUUCUGAGCGCUUGGGGGUGUCAAAAGAAGUAAUUCGAAGCAACUGUGGUUGACACAUUGCAUUCCGAAUCUGGUAGACAGAUCCAGACACGGGAUGGUGUCAGCUGGGUGUCCUGCCUCCCCCCCCAAAAAAACCCCCCAUAAAUCCUGGCUACACCCAGGAGGAGGAGGAGGAGACAGUGUGGACUGCAAAUUUUCCACAUCGACCACAUCACCUGUUUUUAAGGUUUUCGUUUAAAUUUUUAGCACUUCAGAAGAUGCUGCUCAGGGAUCUCCCGUGCCCUGUCUAGCAUUGCUCCUCAACAUAUCGUUGUGAAAUUUAGCUCUGUCUCACCACGACUUGCAACUUAGGUGCGCAUGCUAUUAUUAUUAUUAGUUGCCGGCCCACUCAUGAAAGCAAUGAACAGGGUGGUGAUACAAUGACUACUGCAAUCAACACAAGAUUUUUUAUAUAUUCAUUUUUCCAUGUUCUUUUUAUUUUAUUUUUUAUUUGGUUUGGUUUUUCAAAUGACAGUUUUACAAUCACAUACCCAACAUACAACAUAAACAAGAUUCCAAAGAAUCUCCUGAACUUCCCUCCUCCCCUUUGUGGGUCCUAUUGUUAGUCUUUUCCUCGUGCAUCUUUUCUAAUAAUCCAAAUCUUUUACAUCUCCAUUAUAUCAAAAAAAUCACCAUUAAACUACAAGUGUUCUUCCAAUCCUACUAACAAUUUUAACUGUUUACAAUGGUUUUUAAGAUAAAUUAUAAAUUUUCCUUGACACAAGUUCUUAUUACCAAGGCAGCUAUCUGUAAACAAACAAUAAAUGUCCAUAAAAUGGCAAAAGUAGUUUCUUUCCCAAAUAGGUUUUAUCUUAAACAGUAGCAAACAUGGUAAAUAAAGAGUUCACUUGUAAAACAGUGCUCAUUUCUUCUCUUUCCAAAAUAGAUUUUAUCUUGAACCAUUGCGUAAUAGAGAGUCCACUUGUGAUAUACCAGUGGUUCAGUGCUUCGAUGUCGUUACAUAAUCCAACGUUUCAUCACUAAAGCGCUUAGUUAUCGAGUUUUGUAAUAAAUAAUAUGCAAGAGAAGAUGGUAUGUAAACAACUUAAAGCAGGGGUGUAUCUGUCCCCAUCUGCAUGUUUCCAUUGGGAGGAGUAUUGUCCUUCAGUUUGUUAAACCUUCUCCUUUCCAGCUGGAUACUGGUGCCCCUGUGACUGCCCUUCACCCUAAGAUCCCAGGGCAGGUUACACCAAUUGAAAUCUAAUGCUAAAAAAAGCUUACAAUCAUAGAAAUAAGGUGGGCCCUAAAAAUGUACAUCUCAAGUGUCAAAGGGGUACCCUUGAUGGCUGCUCCAUCCAGAUAGCUCAGAGAGCCAUAAUCUAUGACUUCCCUCACAAAGGCAUCAUUUAUUUCAGUUGUUAUUAUCCCAUGUUUAUCAUGGUCAAAAACACAAGAAGUCACAUGCCCAUCCACCUUAUCUCCUAAACUGAAAGGCAGCAUUUUCUCAUAGGGGAGUUUCUCGAGACCCUUAAUCGCUUUUGCUGCUGUUUAGUGCACAUUUUCCACCAACGUCUUUUUUAAGGCAUAGUGAACAUAGAAACCAUGACCUCCACACUGAGGCAGUUUCACAGAAAUAUUGCCCCCCUCACAGCCUCAUAGUUGCCAGUGGCCCAUGUAUGGAAUCUGCCCACAACCAUUGUGUUUUCAAUGUCUUAGUACAGAUAACUCGCAUCUCAGGAAGGUUGUAAUGUAUGAUGUUUCGUUGUGUUUUUAUUGGAAGGUGCUCAGUCACAAUCUGGGUGGGUGGAAUAAAUAAAUAAAAAUGGAAACCCUCUGUUCCCCACUUUCCAUUUAUUUAUUUCCUGCACACCCAGCUGGUUUUCCUUGUUUCAGGCUCUGGGAAGGUCCAUGGGAGGGCCCUGGGAAUCUCCCAAAGCCUUCUCCCAGAGGCUGGUAAGCAACGAAGCACCUUAAUAGCUUCUGGGAAGGAUGUGUGGGAGCUCUCAAAGUGUCCCAGAGGCCCAUAAGAAAGGCUGUGCCUUGCUUACCAAAGUCUGGGAAUGUUGAGUGAGGGCCCUGGGAGCUAGACCCUCUUGCCACCUUCCCAAAGCCCAGUAAGCAGCCCCCUGACUUGGCGCAAUUUUGCGUUUAAAAUCAGAUCCCUGGAACCAAACUCUCACUUAGGUUGCAAGUUACUUGUAUAUUGGGAUCUUACAUAGAAACUGUCUGUAUUUUUGUUUUUCUGCUGUAGACUUGUAGAAAAGAAAUAAUUCAUGUAGAGAUAUUUCAAAUAUAGUAAGUUCGCAGUCUACGCAGGGGUUACAUUCCAGGGAUCACGCCUAAAGCCAAAAUCAUGUAUAGUCAAAACACAUUGGGUUCAGUCUUGGGUUGGAUUGCCAGAGUCAUUUUUCCUGGAAUUCCACCCCCUUUCUGCUCAUAUGUAUGUAUGUAUGUAUGUAUGUAUUGUCAUGCGCAUAGAGCUGAAUGUGCACAAGUUAAAUGCACAUAAGUUGUGGGCUUACUUUAAACCAUUUGUUUCUCCUUGGCUUUUAACAGAAUGAUGAUUUCAUGCAUUUCCACGCAUUGCAAUUUGACUGGGGAUGGUGCUAAAACGUUCAUCAUAAUUCUCUCCGUUUUACUUCAAGAACUUGAACAACUUGUUAAAGGAGGUAGUCCUUCCUGUUAUGAGAAGAUCCAAGGAAGAGAGAAUUGUAAAGAAAAAAUUUACAGACUGAAACAUGUUUCCCAGCUUCUUAUAAUGAUCCAGAUGGACAUUCUAGAUUACAUAGUGACAAGAGACCUUGAAAAGCAUUUUCAUUCAGUAUUUUCUGUUUCUGAUGAAGAAAUAAGUAUGAGCACAAUAGGGUUGGUACUGGAAGCUUAUUUUUCUGGGAAAGUAGGAAUCAAUAGACAAAAGUUUCUUUCCCAGUUAAGCUGUGAUUUCUACUUCAGAGUUACUGCUGGUAAAAAUAGGAGUGAAGUCCUGUGCUUUGUGGAUGACUGUUUUGCUGAGUUGCAUACUACUGUGACAGGCCUUCCUGUUUCAAGUUCAAGAAUCCUUGAUGGGCUUAUUCUUCACAGAGACUUUGCUGUGUACUGUCCUGCAGACGGUGACAAAAGAGUUCUAGUUAUAACAGAACCUAUCCAGCCUGCUUAUUCUGACUUGGGUGCUGAAGUUGUCGUAACUGCUGAAAAUCAACAUGGGGCAUCUAAAACCUGGAUUACAAAAAGAACAGAAGCUGUUCUAAAGCACAUGCAGGACAAUGACAUCAAGGUUAUAUUGUCAAGUGUAAAACAACAGGAAGCUGUUCAUAACUAUGCAAAAAGCAGUGGCAUAUCUAUUGUAGAGUGCCUGUCCCCAGAGGAGAUAUCUCUUAUCUACAGGAUCACAAAUAUUUCACCUUUUAAGCCAUCUUUGGACAAUAUUCACACUGAAAUCACAGAAGCCGCUGUUGCAAAAUUUUGCCAGCCAUUGUACCUUGGCACCAAAAGAUUUGUCCAUAUAGGCUUUGAAAGGACAUGUGCCCUUCAGCUCCACUGUGUGAUUCUCUGUGGGCCAGUGCAUGGGGUUACUGAGCAACAUGUUUGUGCUUUUCAUGGCGCGUUCAAAAUGUUGCGACAGAUGUUUACGGUUGUUUGUCUGACUGAGCAAAACCUCUCCGAAACACUGCAUAAUAGUCAGCAGUGUUCUGAUGCACAGCAACAUUUUGUAGAGAAGCACACUGACUGUGGUGAAGUUCACGCUUGUGCCAAGCAGCCAAGACCUUGUGGGUUUGAAAUGGAAGAGGACUCUGUUGUUUCUGCUUCAUCGGUAGACAGAGAGUUGGCAUGUUCAUCCAUUCAUCUGCCUAACUCGGGCGUAGAUUUGGCGCAUGAUGCCAUGUGCUCAGAACUACGUGAAUGUGAACGUGAUUUAGUUGACGUGCAAAAGGUGUCUCAGAAACGCAGUCAUCCAAAAGGAAUGUUGAGAAUGGACGGGAAUGAAUCACUUGCGAAAAAUCAGCUUGCUCCUACCAGAGCAGAGAGAAGCAUCAGUUCCAGAAAUGUACUUGUGCAUCCGCAACCCACUGAGGACAGUUGUACCAGGCAAGGCCGUGGCGUUAAAGAAGCGGAUAAUAUCAGAAGCCAUAUUCAGAGUAAUUCCAGUUCUUACCUAAAGGAGGGAUCAGUUUUGCCAGUCGGUGGGAUAUUCGAGAUACUGUUACAUUACUACCUGUCCUGCUAUGCAAAGCGGUGCCAGUCAGCAAACGUAUCCAUUCUUUGUGCUGUAAUUGCUGAUGCAUUGCUCAGUGUUCCAAAAACCCUCUCUAGGGCACAGAAAAGGGAUGCUUUUCCUCAGCUCUAUCUUGAAGUUACCAGCGCUGUCAGAAAUAAUCGACCGCUUCUGCCAAAUCAAGAAAGGUUAGAAUCAGUGUCCUGUAAGUACCAAUUAGUGGCUUCCAUUCUUCAAUGUGCAGCUAGGCUUUUAAGUAUUGAUCUUAUUGUUGGCAUUAAGAGGUUACCUCAGAAGACCGAAGAAAGCGAUUCAGAAGCUGAUCUGUGAAUAAAGGGUUUUCAUAUGCAUGUGAUGCAGUUGCUAGAACCAGCUACGUCCUUUAGUCUUCUUUAGUCUAGGGUACUUCUAUGCAGCCCCAGGACUGUUCAAAUCCUAACAGAAAGGUAAAGAGAGGGGACAUUGGCUGCAAAUUUUCUUAAAUCCCAUAAUGUAUUUCUGGCCGAUAGAUUGGAUGUAGAUUUAGGCAAGGAAUUGUGACACAUUGAGGCUGCAAUGCUAAAGUCACCUAUCUAGGAGUAAUUGAAUUCGUUGGGACUUACUUGAGGGAGGUGCUUGGAUAGGUGCCCCAAUCCAAAUUUUAGAGAGCUCAUUUGGAAGGAAAUACUGGCGAUGAUGAAUGCUUUCUGGAAAUGUUGGGGAAACUUGCUUCCGCACUACGUAGGUUGAGACUGAUUUAGCAUGUUUAUCUGACUUAAUAAACAAAACUUUAAAAGCAUGCUAUGUUAAUUUUAUGCCUUGUAUAAAUACCUCCCCAAAAUUCCAAUAGUCAAAAAAUGGUUGAACUGAAAUAUUUGAUCGGGGUGUGUGUGUGUAAAAGUCCGCUUAGUAUAGUUUUAAUGUUAUAUUCAGGUUCAAAAUUUCACCUGGGAACUAUUUGCAUUGGAGUGGUUAUAUAUUUUUUAAGAUAAGACAAUAGGAUACACUUUGUGUACACUGUUUAAGGUUGUGUCCAGUGUUGUCUUCUAUUAGCAAGGAACAGCUCCUCCCUAGAAACAGCUCCCCACACCCUGAUCAAACUCAGGAGCCGAACAGAUAGCCAAAUGACUCAGCUAUACAGCUGCAAAUAAAAUGUUUUAAGUGUGUUGUAAAGUGCAUUAUACAAAUGUGG